AUGGGGAUGAAUUUAUUCAAGUUACCUUUUUUUUAAAAAAUGAGGGGCAUAGAGCAUGCUGUCUGAUUGCUUGGAUUCAUACCAUUUUAUAUAGCCUUGAUUGGUUAGACAAAAAGAUCCAGAGAUAGAGGGGUAAGAUGCUUUUUUUAAUAAAGUUUCUUUCCAACCCUCAGGAGGGGGUGAUUCUAUGAUACAUUGUUCCAAGGAUAAAAAUUCUGUCUGCAGUUCCAACCUGUUAUGUCAAAACACAAAAGCUUGUUAGAGAUCCUGGAGACUGCAUCCCUGAGGACCUGUACACUGUAUGUAAAUCUUCAUCAUUUUAAAAUCAAAGUCCACUAAAUAAUUAACUAAUAAAGUCUUGGUAUGUGGAAUCUGAUUCCCCCCCCCCCCCCCCCCCCCCCCGUAAAAGGAGUCGCUAUUUAAAAGAAGUCAGCUCCAGAGACUUAAGAGUUAACAAGAUACCCAAGAUUGCUGGGAAAAGAAUCACCAAGUUGGUCCCUCUUUUUUUCAAAUAUAGGGUAAUUGGGCACUAUUACUCCUGCCCAUGGGUGACCUUGGCACCUUGUGGCUGGGCAAAGGCCAUUCCCCAAACCCCCUCCUUGUAUAGUCAGGUGUCUGGGAAAGUAUCAGGGGCAUUGAGUCUCACCUCUUUUCCAUUUUGAGGUUUAGUAGAAUUAGAACUCUCAUGGAUGGAAGUCAGCUGGUAGGAAAGGAUAUCAGAGACCCUGAAGAGGGAACUCGCAUUUAGGGAAGUCUGGAAUGGUGACCUGGCAGGCACAUCAGAAUCAGAUUUUGUCCUGACAUAUUAUGUUGCUGAUACUGGAACCUGCCUGACCCCCAACCACCAUGGAAUAGCCAGAUGAUUUGGGACUUGGAAAAAUGGCUGCAGAUAGGGCUGUAGGUUUCAAAACCGUUCCUUUGGGGAAGCCGAGAGCAAUGUACCAGGUACUGAGGUCUCUGCAGCCAUCUGAACUACUCAGAGCACUGGACAAAAAUCUUUUGGAUUGUGUGGGGGACCAGUUUCCAGCACUGCCAAAACCAGAUAUGCGCGCUAAAAGAUUAUCCAAUUUUAGGUGUUUGGAAGACAAACAGUCACUGAAGCAACACUGACUUGAACAAUUGUGAAGUAGCAUCUGAGGCCCCUAGAAAAAGAUUGGACUUCCUGCUCAUUUGAGGAAGAACACAGCCACGGAUCCUGCCGGUAGUCUAGUGAUAGAGCCUGACCUCUUCCAACUUAAGUGUUGUCCUUAACCCCCGCCGCGGAGUGACCCCACAGCGUGUAGCGAUUUCGCUCGCGGGCUCUCUCUGCACCUUUGCGGCGGCUUAUGUUGAACUUAGGGAUUUUUAACUGCUUUGUCCUGACUCCUGUUAAAUCUGCUCAGAAGAUGGCUGAUCCUUGGCAGGAAUGUAUGGACUAUGCAGUAACCCUAGCAAGACAGGCUGGAGAGGUGGUUCGUGAAGCUAUAAAAAAUGAAAUGAAUGUCAUGGUCAAAAGUUCUCCAGCUGAUCUGGUUACAGCUACUGACCAAAAAAUUGAAAAAAUGCUUCUCUCUUCCAUAAAGGAAAAGUAUCCAUCUCACAGUUUCAUUGGUGAGGAAUCUGUGGCAGCUGGGGAAAAAAGUGUCUUAACCGACAGCCCUACAUGGAUCAUUGACCCUAUUGAUGGAACAACUAAUUUUGUCCAUAGGUUUCCUUUUGUAGCUGUUUCAAUUGGCUUUACUGUAAAUAAAAAGAUGGAAUUUGGAGUUGUAUACAGUUGCCUGGAGGAUAAGAUGUAUACCGGCAGGAAAGGAAAGGGAGCCUUUUGUAAUGGUCAAAAACUACAGGUUUCACAACAAGAAGAUAUUACCAAAUCACUCUUGGUGACAGAGUUUGGCUCUUCUAGAACACCAGAGACUGUAAGAAUUAUUCUUUCUAAUCUGGAAAGGCUUUUGUGUGUUCCCAUUCAUGGGAUCCGAGGUGUUGGAACAGCAGCUAUUAAUAUGUGCCUUGUGGCAACUGGCGUUGCAGAUGCAUAUUAUGAAAUGGGAAUUCACUGCUGGGAUAUGGCAGGAGCUGGCAUCAUUGUUACCGAAGCUGGUGGAGUGCUAAUGGACGUGACAGGUGAGCCAUUUGACUUGAUGUCACGAAGAAUAAUUGCUGCAAAUAGUAAAACAUUAGCAGAAAGGAUAGCCAAAGAAAUUCAAGUAGUACCGUUUCAAAGAGAUGAUGAAGAUUAACUGCAACAGCCUCGCGUAUUCAGUCACGGUUCCAUCGCCCCUGUAUUUGCUGACACACUGAUGAUGUUAUAAAAUUUAGGACGUUUAUUUCAGAUGUAUAAUAUGAUUGGCUUAAGUUGUCUUUGAUAUCCAGAUUAAAAAAUUGCAGUUUGUUGUAUAUUUUACUAAGACUAGGUAUGCAAGAAUACAUGAAAUGUUGCAUUGUUUUAACAAACUUUGCUUGUGAGAGUGCACUUUGGGAAAGAUAUACAGGUAAUUGAUAAGACAAAGUAUUAUCGACUGAAAUAGCAGUUUAGAGUUUCUAAGUAUAUAUGAGCCUCUGAAAUUCUGACUGUGUACAUAAGCAUUCUUAACUACAAAGUUAACUUUUUGGAAAAAAUUUUCUUUAGUUCCUAAAGCCAUAUUUAAUUAAAUUUGUAAGAAUUAAUGGGUCCUUCCUAGACCAAGGUUUUUUUUCUUUGCAGAGAACCUUGUUUUAUUCAUCAGUGUACGCGUAGCACCUAGCAGAGUAUUUGUUAAACAUGGGCAGUCUAAAAAUAAGCAUUCAAAAGAUACUUUGAAGGUAGCAAUUCCUAGUUAUACAUAAAGCAAUGAGCUCACCCUUUAUUUUUACUUCAGGUGUUAAAGAUGAUCUCAUCCUUUUCAUAUUUUACGGUAUCAUUCCUUUUAACUCUUCACAUUGCCAUAUCAUUUCAAUUCCUGUACCAUCAGGUAUCCUUUCUACUUGUGGGCAUUUCUGCAGUUAAUGUUUUCCAAGACACUACAGUAUUUGUUUGGAAUCUUUUAAAGUCCCAAUGUUUAAAAAAAAAAAAAGUUUCAAAACAUUAUCAGGCAUCUAAUUUAAAUUCUAUAAUUAGAGUAUAAAAUUGUACUAAAUUCAGGGGCUCCUGGGUGACUCAGUUGGUUGAGUGUCCGACCUCGGCUCAGGUCAUGAUCUCACGGUUCGUGGGUUCGAGCCCCGCAGCGGGCUCUGUGCUGACAGCUCAGAGCCUAGAGCCUGCUACAGAUUCUGUGUCUCCCUCAUGCACUCUCUCAAAAACAACCAAACAUUUAAAAAAAACUGUACUAAAUUCAAUAUUAAUGUUUGAAAGUUGUUCCUACUGAUCUUGUUGCGCACAGGAGACCUACAAUCAGGCAGGUAAACUGUAUUAUUAAUUGGUGUUUUUUUCCCCAAACUCCUUAAUUUUGUUGCCACUGGAUUCUAUUCAGUCUUUAAAUAUUCCUUACUAGUCUUUGUCUUAGGAAACUCAAAGAAAAUUGUUCUGGUUCAUAAACAUUUUAAAUAAGGUCAAUUGACUACUUAGCCUUGUCCUUUGACACUUGAAUGGACUAUUAAUUUUUGUUAGUCUCAUGUGAACCUUGUAUUUGAUAAAAGGAAAAGUACAUUUAUAAAGUUUAAGGUAGGGGAUUGUUGUGCACUUCAUUAUACUAAGAUUUGAGUAUUGUAAUUAUUUACUGUUGGUCAUGUGCACUAAAAAUAUACUGUAUUCUGUGGUUAAUUUUGCAAUUAAAUUUAUUUAAGAUUCAUAAAAUUUUAAGUAUAACUGAACAUUGUUAAAGUUUAUAGUUUAUGUUUGAGAUUUGUGUUAAGUUGUAAAUGUUGACACUUGCAGUUGUGGCUGAAUAUAUGUUCUUGGUUUUUUUUGUCUACAGUUUUCUCAACUUUUCUAAAAGUCUUUUAGAAUAAUUUUCCAAAAAGUAGUUUUUCCCCUAAAUGCAAUUAAUUAAUUUGUGGCUGAAAUUUCUUUAGACAUUGAAAAAAAGAGGUUUGACGAGUUAUCUGCCAAUAGUUUGUAAACCUUCCAGCAGUUUCUUCUAGUAUUUACCUUCAUCAUUUUAAAGGUAUAUUAAAGGAUAUUUAAAGGAUA